GGGCAUUAAAAAAUACACGGCAGCUGAAAGAGCAGAAGAGAAACCUGAAGGAGCAGCUCGGAUUCUGUGUUGCCUGAAGUGACGGAGACGACAACUAUCUCUACAAGAGGUAGCGACCUCUCACCAUGCAGCACUACGGGGUGAACGGCUACUCUCUGCACGCCAUGAACUCCCUCAGCGCCAUGUACAACCUGCACCAGCAGGCCGCGCAGCAGGCACAGCACGCGCCCGACUACCGGCCGUCCGUGCACGCGCUCACACUGGCAGAGAGACUAGCUGACAUCAUCCUGGAGGCUCGCUACGGCUCUCAGCACCGCAAACAGCGUCGGAGUCGCACGGCCUUCACCGCACAGCAGCUGGAAGCGCUGGAGAAGACUUUCCAGAAGACUCACUACCCGGAUGUGGUGAUGAGGGAGCGGCUGGCCAUGUGCACCAACCUGCCCGAGGCCCGUGUGCAGGUUUGGUUCAAAAACCGCAGAGCCAAGUUCCGUAAGAAGCAGCGCAGCCUCCAGAAGGAGCAGCUUCAGAAGCAGAAGGAGGCGUCAGGGGAAGGAGGAAGCGAGAAGGAGGACGCAGCUCCCUCCACAACUAUCCUUCCUGACACCCAGCUCCCUCCUCCAUCUUCCUCCUCCUCCUCCUCUUCUUCUUCUCUGGAGACAGAGGGUCCUGUAGUCCGCCCUGUAACGCUGGACAUCGAGCUGAAUGUCACAUCAGCAGAACACUCUGGCAGUGAGUCUGCGACAGAGGACAAUGCCACAGAUAAGGAGGACGAGAGUAAAUCCCAGAGAGAGGAGAUGAAGUGUGAGAGAGCAGCGACUCCUGAGGACAUUUCUCCAGGUUGCAAAAGACUCAGCCCUAAACCAGACUCUCCUAUGGUCUCUCCGUCUGUGACGCCCUCCUCCUCCAGCAGCGGCCUGGCCAACCCUGGUCACCUUUCUCAGAGCCACUCUUACUCUUCCUCCCCUCUCAGCCUUUUUCGUCUGCAGGAGCAGUUCCGCCAGCACAUGGCUGCCACCAACAACCUGGUGCACUACCCUGCCUUUGACCUCUCUGCCCCAUCUUCACUCCCCUACCUGGGUAUGAAUGUAAACAUGCCCCCCGCGCCGAUGGGCUCUCUGCCCUGCCAGUCUUACUACCAGUCCCUAUCCCAUCAUGCCCAGCAGGUGUGGAGCAGCCCACUGCUGCAGGCGUCGGCUGCAGGCGGCCUCGCCAGCCACAACAGCAAGACCACCAGCAUUGAGAACCUGCGUCUGAGGGCCAAACAGCACGCGGCCUCGCUGGGACUGGACACAAUGUCUAACUGAGAAUCAAAUUGUAUGGAGGACAAACUCGGCCAGAGUCUCGGUCUACACAUCAUCCCAUCCCACUGCGUGUCCGUGUGACUGUGAUAGUUCUUUAGGAGCUGUAUACUGACCCCGUCUCAAGCA